AUGCGGGGCCGCAUGUCGCUCUCGUCCCGCUCGCCGUCGCCGGCGUCCCCGGCGCACGCGCGCUUCACGCGCGCGGGAGCGGUGCGGGCUAUUGCACUACUGGUGGGAUUGUGGGCGCUGGCUGCUUGGUUGAGGUUUCCCACGAACGCGGGUGAUCAGACGGAUAGCCAGUCCGUACUGCAGGACGAGCACGGCGGCAUCAGGCUGCCGAAGCCGCCUGGUUCGUCGGUCUACGACGAAGAGGAAGAUGCGGAUGUCCAUGUCAUGCCGAUUCCGCCUGCCCAGCAGCACGACGACACCAGGCCUUCGGCCAUCACACCCUUUCUCUUAUCAGCAGUAGCAGCACCCAGCGCCGCCGCCGUCCAUGCGUCAAGUGCGGCACCCGCCGCCGCAGAGCCAGCCCAUAAAAGCAAAGCCCCAGCCAAGCAGCAGCCAACCAAGCAUACAGACCGCGUGGCCGUGAUAAUCGAGAACCGGCCCCUCGAGAACCUCGUGCCCAUGAUGCUGCACUUCCACUCGGUGCUCGGGCCAGCCUGGCCCAUAAUCCUGUACACGACGGUAACGAGCGAAGAGGCGCUGCUGCUGUCGGCGCCGCUCUCGCGCGCGGUGGCGGAGGGGGUCAUCGAGAUCCGCCACCUGCCGCGCGAGAAGGCGGCCUUCGACUCGCACCGGUCCGUGUCGCUGUUCCUGACGGACCCGUGGCUGUGGAAGGACCUGGCGCCGUACGCCAAGGUGUUCCUGUUCCAGGCCGACAGCAUCAUCUGCAGCGCGUCGUGGCAGCGCGUCGACGACUUCCUGGAAUGGGACCUGAUCGGCGCGCCCAUCGUGCACGCGUUCGGCCGCGGCUUCAACGGCGGGCUGUCGCUGCGCUCGCGCGAGGUCGUGCUCGAGCUGGUCACGCGGUUCAGCUACGAGAACGACAGCGCGGUCCCCGGCGCGCCGGCCACCAUGGUGUUCGAGGACCAGUGGAUGUACACGCGCAUGAUGCAGAUGGCCGAGGAGGGCGGCAUGAGGCUGCCGGACGAGGCGACGGCGAGCCGGUUUGCGGUCGAGACUAUCUGGGAGGAGGAGCCGCUGGGGUUCCAUCAGCCCGUGAGGUGGCAGAAGGAUAAUAUGGAUCGCAUCAUGAAGUAUUGCCCCGAGGCUGGCAUGAUCAGUGGUUCGGUCUUUUUUGGAUAG